AUGGCGAUGGUGCCGACGAGCAUCUCCUACGUAUCCUCAUCCCAGCUCUCCAGCAUCAUUCCACACCCACGAGUGGCCAUAGUGGAUGUCAGGUCUCUGGGGUGUCCCGUGAAUUUCCUUGGGCUUGUUUCCGUUUGUCCUCUUCCUUCGUUCUUAUGAUUUUGAUUAUCGACGAUGCCGGUCUGGUGGGACAAAAGGGACGAGGAGCGGAUCUACGACGCACACAUAGCUGGAUCAUACCAUUAUCCAAGCGGGUCUUUCGCCCAGAGGAUGCCGAACCUGCUGCAGGCCGUCGGGGGCCAGAAGGAUACCAUCGUUUUCCACUGUGCCCUAAGCCAGGUCCCUUUUCUGUUUUCGCUUCAGUCUUUGAAUAUAUAUAUUUCAUGUUUUCUUGUUCCAUUUUCUUUUUCGUGCGUGAUUGCGAGAAAAAAGCUUAUGGAUUUACAUCUAAAUACAGGCUUUCAUUGCUUGCCUGUAGGACCAUCCUUUUCACUUAUCUUUCGACUUUUUAGUGUGCAUAAACAGUGAAUCUAUAACAUCAUGAACACAAAGCAAUUGCAUAACCGGAAAAAUUUAAAAUGAUUUGAAAGAUUAUCUAAUUCAGGAAUGCCUGGGAAUUAUCUGGCGUGAUUCAGGAGCUGAGAUAUGCCCUUGUAAUUCAGUGAUUGUAGAGUUGGGUCAAUGAGAAUUUUCUCAGCAUGUGGUUUUUGGCUGAUUCAAAUCUUUUUUUGGCCAAUAGAAAACUGUGUAUCUCACCCAGAUGGUUGUAAAACGGGAAAUUAUAACUGAUGUGUAUACUAGCCGACUACGCCUGUGAUGAUCAGUCCAUAUGCAGCUUGUAUGAAGGUGUUAUCAUGGAAUUAUUAUCUAAUUGCAUACCGUUUAAUGUGUAUUCGGUUGACUAUAAUAUAGUACUUGAAUUAUAAUGUUUCCAAGAAUUGCCCCAUUUUUGCUCAGAACUGGGGUAUCUAGAUAAGAAUUCACAAGGUGAUCGGAUUUUCCUUGCAAGUGAUCCCAUCUCUAAAAGUAAAAAUUAUAGAUUCAGCCAGACCUGGUUUUAAUUUCCUAUUCAUACUCAUGUUUUUCGGAAAGCUACCUCAUUCUCUCUCUCUCUCUCUCUCUCUCUUCACUAUUCCAUAAUUUGAAGCGUAGUAAAUACAGUGGGUCCUUUCUCUCUCUCCCUCACACACAGAACCCAAUGGUAGGAAGGGGUAUUGACAGAGAAAUAGAGCUGAGGUGGCUCAGCUUCUUGCUAACUCAAACUUAAAACUAGGUUAGAACGUUUAUCUAAUUCUCUAGCGUUAUCCUCUUUUCCCCAACUGAAUAUAGCAUUUACUUCAUUAAACAGUUGAGGCCCCAUCUCUUUUGUUUCAUGAAAUCUAAUUCCCCAGGUACGAGGUCCAUCAUGUGCGCGCAUGUUCAUGAACUAUCUGUCCGAGACAAAAGAGGCUGCAGGGAUCAAGAGAGUGAUGAUAUUGGAACGUGGGUUCAAUGGAUGGGAAGCUUCCGGUAAACCCAUCUGCCGCUGCACCGCCCUUCCAUGCAAAAGUGACCAUUCAUAG